AUUUUUUCAUUCCCGCCGUUCCUGCACCGCCGCCGCCCAAUCUAUUCUCCUGCUUGCUCCCGUGUUCGCGCAUUGGUUUUUAAGUUGAAUUCAGGGUUCUGCCUUAUCUGUACAACUUAAGGACUUCAAAGCGUUAAGAAGGAUACAGUUUUUUGAGAGAGAGCCCUAUAUUUGGAUGCUGUAAAUAUGUCUAGAAUAAUUAAUGACAAGAUGGACCCCCAUUCUCUAAAAUCCUCCUGCCUGGGGGAUGCAUCUGUUGUUGAAGAAAACAGAUCCUCCAAAUCCUCCUCCUUGGAGAGCAACCAAUGCUGUAAUGAUGAUAUCCAGCCAUCAGAACCAGUCAUCAAUAAAUCCUCAGAUCAAACUAAAGACAAUGAAAUGACUCUGCUUUGCCAGACUCCAGCUGAAAGCAAAUUUGAUCCAUUUGCUCCCGGCCCAGAUGAAUUGAUGCUUGCGCCGAAGAAGAUGAAGAGCUCCUACCCGCCGCUUCAGCGUCUACUGAGCCGUGAUCUUAUCAUUAAUUCUGAAGAAAUUGCAGGAACUGAUUUAACGGAGGAUCCCAAUGCUGAGGAGUGCUUUUUGGAGCUCAUUUUCACUUCAUUGCUUGAACUGAUCAUUUCAACUAAGCUUAUGGAGAUUUCUGUUAACAACCGAGCAGCAGAAUCUGAUAAAAUUGAAGAAUGUAAGACGCCUACAUCUUUACCUUUCCUGACAGGUUUUGCAGAGACAUGCCCGCCUGCUCCUAGGAGACCUACAUUGUUUUCAAAGAGAUUUGAUCAUAGUAUUUGUCGAAAGCUGGAUUUUGAAAGUUGCUUGAAUUGAAUACUAAAGCUUCUGUCAUGGAGAACUUGGGUUUCCGCUUAACCAUGUAAGCUUUUUUUGUGGAUGCUUUCUGGAGGCCUAAUCAAAGUUACAGUUUUAAUGUGAAGUGUUUCUGAAGUUUUGGGAGAGGGAACUGAAAAUGCCCAUGAAGUACUAAUAUGUAGCUGGUGAUUACAUUAUUGGCAAAAAUGGGGCUCUUUUUUUUUUAUGAAGUUCUGACUACUUAUUGAAUUUAUGUAAAUAUGUAAGCGCUUGUAAGACUUCUAUUUAUAUGUAUAAAUAUGGGUACUCAUGAUUUGUAUUGUAGCCAAUGUUUGUAUUUUGAAGACAAUU